AAGCCAGUGUUAAUCCCAUUUCAUCUUCUAGCUAGAGAAACAAAGUGAUUUGAAAGAUACGAAAAUGUCGAGAUCGCCGGCGACAUGCUUAAUUUUAGGCACUUUGGCCGUCUUCGUAUUUGCUUCGGCAUUCGCGGACGACGUCGUUGUGUUGACCGAGGACAACUUCGACAAAGAGGUCGGCCAGGAUCGAGGAGCUCUCGUCGAAUUCUAUGCUCCCUGGUGUGGACACUGUAAAAAGCUUGCCCCGGAGUAUGAAAAGCUCGGUGCCAGUUUUAAGAAGGCAAAAUCCGUUUUGAUUGCGAAGGUUGACUGCGAUGAGCACAAAGGGGUUUGCAGCAAAUAUGGUGUCUCUGGGUAUCCCACCUUACAAUGGUUUCCCAAGGGUUCUCUAGAGCCAAAAAAGUAUGAAGGAGAGCGAAGUGCCGAAGCCCUUGCUGAAUUUGUGAACAAUGAAGGAGGGACAAAUGUCAAAAUAGCUGCAGUUCCUUCAAGCGUUGUGGUUCUUACUUCUGAAAACUUCGAUGAGAUCGUACUUAAUGAGAAAAAAGACGUGCUUGUUGAGUUUUACGCACCCUGGUGUGGUCAUUGCAAGACUCUUGCUCCUACUUACGAAAAAGUUGCGACAGCACUCAAUCAGGAGGAGGAUGUGGUGAUUGCAAAUCUUGAUGCUGAUAAGUACAAGGAUCUUGCAGAGAAGUAUGGAGUAAGUGGUUACCCUACGUUGAAAUUUUUCCCAAAGAACAAUAAGGCUGGUGAAGAUUAUGAUGCUGGCAGAGACGUAGAUGACUUUGUCACUUUCAUAAACGAGAAGUGUGGAACUAACCGAGAUGCAAAAGGCCAACUGACUUCCAAGGCUGGUACCAUUGAGGCCCUUGAUGCCAUAGUGAAGGAGUUUAUUAGUGCACCAGCUGAAGAAAAGAAAUCUGUAUUUAGAAAGUUGGAGGAGGAAGCUGACAAACUCGAUGGUUCUGCUGCAAGAUAUGGGAAGAUCUAUGUGAAGGCUGCUAAGAGCUGCUUGGACAAAGGCUCUGAUUAUGCCAACAAGGAAAUUUUGAGGUUGGAGCGCAUGCUUGCCAAGUCCAUUAGCGACGGGAAGAGAGAUGAAUUCACGCUGAAGAAGAACAUCCUAAGAAGCUUCGUCUCAGACGAGUGAGACAAUUGGUGUGUUGAUUGAAAUGCUUGGGGAUUGAUUAUGGUUUAGUUUUUGUUGACAAAUGGGAGUGAGCUCCUUGUUUUGGUGUCACCAAAAAGAAGAGCUGCCUGUUUCUGCAGGAGCAUCAAUGUAACCAAUUAAUUUUAACUUUAUAGUGUUGGGGACUAUAAGUAUUUGGAUAUUGCUGUCAUGAUAUCAGUUUGAAUACUGUUGCUUUUUA